AUGCCUAUUCUUACACUUGGCUUCUUCUGCCUCCAACUCGACCGUGGCAACAUGGCCAAUGCGAUUACCGACAAAUUCAUGGAAGAUGUCGGGAUCAACCAAGACCAGUUCAACAUCGGCCAGCAGAUGCUAUCACUGGGCAUUGUGCUUUUCGAAAUCCCGUCCAACAUGAUCCUUUACCGAGUCGGGCCCGGCAAGUGGCUUACCCUCCAGCUGUUCCUGUUCGGAGUCGUGAGCACCUUCCAGGCCUUCCAACGCGGCUACGGCGCCUUCAUCGCGACCCGCUUCCUCCUCGGCAUCACGGAGUCGGGAUUCAUACCGGGUGGCUUAUGGACCCUGUCGACCUGGUACACCCGUGACGAGACGGCCAAGCGAGUCAUGGUAUUCUACUUCGGUAACCAGAUCGGCCAAGCGUCCGCGAAGCUGCUCGCGUACGGAAUCCUGCACAUGCGUGGCGUCGGAGGGCAGCCCGGCUGGUUCUGGCUGUUCGCGCUGAUGGGAGCCUUCACCGUGCUGGGAGGGUUUGUGUUUGGCUUUUUCCUCCCUGAUUCAUUCAAGCGACCCCAGAGCACAUUCCUUCCCAGGGUGAACGUCUUCACGGAGCGGGAACUCCAUAUCCUACAGACCAGGGUGUUGAUCGAUGACCCAAUGAAGGGGAAGAAGAAGAGCAAGAUCGGGCUCGACGCUUUCAAGAGAGCGUUCACGAACUGGCGCCUCUGGCUCCAUUUCCUCAUCACCCUUACGAACAACGGGCCCCAGCGCGCAUUCGACACCUACGCGCCGUCCAUCGUCACGAGCUUUGGUUUUGGAAGCCUUGUCAGCAACGCCAUGGCCUCUGUUGGUCUCUUCCUGCAGGUCCCCGUGUCCUUUGCCUUUAGUUGGGUCUCUGAUCACAAAAACCGGAGAGGCGAAACCGUCAUGCUCGGCUUCUUCUGCCAUCUCCUCGGAUACGUCUUCAACCGUGCGUUCACCGGCGUGCCUCAGCGCGGUGUGCGCUACUUUGGCGUGGUCUGGACGCAGACCUUUGGCACAUUUUCGCAUCCGCUCAACAUUGCGUGGCUGUCGCUCGCUUGCGACGACUCUGAGCAGCGCGCUCUCGCUAUGGCUGGUGUGAUCAUGGGUGCCAAUAUCGCUGGGAUCUACGGCGCACAGAUCUUCCGGAGAGACGACAGGCCAUUGUACCGACGCGGUUUCAGUGUAGCCAUCGCCGUACUAGCCGCGGGUCUCGUCAUGGCCAUCGCGCGCUGGGUGGACGAUGUUCUGCAGAAGAGGCGCAAAGCCGCUGAUGGCCCUAUUGCGACACCGUCUACUCGCGAGGACGCCAUCGGCAAGGGGUCUGAUGGGCAGGCCACGCCGCCUACUCCUCCCAGCGGCGUGCAGAUCCAGCCGAUUCCGCGCAGCUAG